UUAUAAGCUAAGUUUAUAUAAGUUUCUUAUGUAUUAUUUCGCUUCAUUUGUGUUACUACAAAUUCAGAGUGUUCAAUUGCAAUAAUUAUCUUCUGUCUUUUAAACCUGUAUAAAAGCAAUAAUUGUGACAUUCGAAAGCUUCAGAAGUAGUUUAGCAAUCCGCAAUGGCUGAUCAAAAGAGUAUUCAAAGUUUCAAAAUGAUUAAACUUGAAGAUUUUUUGGAGUUGCAAUUAAAAGCUUACAAGCUGAUUGGACUCAACAUCAUUCCAAUAAAGAUUACAUCACAGCGUACUAAAGUCAUAGAAAAACUUAUGAAGCUUUAUCUAUUUACGUGUUUUAUCGGGAUGUGGCUAAUAGUCAUCCAAUUUGGGAUUCGUCUGAUCAUUGAUAUAGAUAAUCUGCAUGUAGUUGUGCGAGUUCUACCGCAUAUUACUGUAUUCCCAUACAACUUUUCUAAAGGCAUCUUGUUCUUUACAAAACGAAAGGAGAUACUUGACGUUUUGGAGAAAUUAAAGAAAUUAUUUCCAAAAACUCAAAUUGAUCAGGAAAAGUGCAACUUGCAGAGUCUUUUGAAGCAGUUUCUUAUCUUUCAUAAAAUCUAUAUAAGUUUUGCUCUAGCGACUGUAUCAUGCGCAAUAAUAGGGAUGCUCUAUCAACUCAUAUUUAACAAUGUCAUGAAGCAAGCCGUUGAAAUUUGGUUUCCAUUUGAUGACACAGCCAAUAAUUUCAAUUUGAUUAUUUCAAUGCUCUGGUUAAUAUGGACUGUAUCAGUUUCUCUCGUAAAUGUAAUUUCUGCCGAUUUUUACUUAUUUGCGAUUGUUCUGAUUCUUUCAACAGAAUUUAGCAUUUUUGGCGAAGACAUUAAGAACACAAUCAAUGAAGGUCAAACUAUUAAUCUUCGUAAUCUAUUCAUUCGACAUCAGAAGCUAAUUGAGAUCACCGAUGACAUAAAGUCAGUAUUCAGCUUCACUUUCUUCUUCAUUCAAGGAGCUAUUGCAAUAAGUUCUUGUGGAUUUCAGUUACUGACAACAUCAAGCGUUGAAGAUUUACUGUUUUCAGUUAUCUAUGCAGUUUAUUCAAUCUGUCAGGUGUAUUUGUACAGUUUUUAUGGUCAGAAAUUAAUAACUGCUAGUCACGACGUAGGCAAAAAUAUCCUUAAUUCAAAUUGGUAUGAACUUAAUGACAAUAAGGAGAAGAAAUUAAUUUUAUUUUUAAUCAUGAGAACACAAAAGCCUUGCAUGCUGUCAGGAUUUGGAUCUGUUUCGUUAUCUGCCGAGACAUUUUCUAGUGUACGUUUUGUAAUUUAA